GCCCAAGCCCACCACCUUAUCUAGGUCUUCUCUGUGCUCUCGGUCUCUCCCGCAUACCAGCCGCCGGCGCCGGCCUACUCCGCUCGACGCCCCUCCUCCCCCACCGGCGACCUCCGCCCGACGUACCUUUGUCCCGCACCGCCGCCCAACGUCCGGGUCGCCCCCACGUAUCCAUGCCUUAGGUGCCGGCUAGCCCCUAGGAAAGACGGUACCCCUCCGCCCAGAGGCGCGCCCAGGCGAGCGCGGAAGAGCGCCUCGUUGAACACUGACCAGGACACCCCGCCUCGCUCGCGCCUCAUCCUUCUCCCUGAUUCCCGGUACACAGUUGCGCGACCGAGGACCGAAUCCGUGAACCAUGUCGACCAGCAAGGGCAGCGCAGCCAAGGGAGGCGGAGGGAAGAAGAAGGAGGUGAAGAAAGAAACAAAGCUCGGGAUGGCGUAUAGGAAGGACGACAACUUCGGGGAGUGGUACUCUGAGGUUGGUUAAGUGUUGGUUUGUUUCGUUGUAACAGGGCAACUAGUUCCGAUUUGAUUCACGUUGGGCUGUGGUGGGAUUCGCCGGGAUGAAAUUCGAGGGUUAUGAUAUUGCAUGCACCAACCAGGCCAACCCAAAAUUUUAAGCUUAUAAAAAGAGAUGAACAAUUAACUUAUAUUAUAUUUUAACACUUCUACUCACAUUGAGCCCCUUUUGGGUCUCAUACGUAAAAUAGAAGCUACUAACAAUUAUUUUAUUUUAAUUGCGUAGAACUCGAGACUUAUAUGAUACCACAUUAAGGCCUUGUUUGUUUCCUUCUUAUAUAAUCCAGCUUAAAGAUUAUGUAAGCACCUAAUAAUCUGCUUAUGGAUUAUCAUAACCUAGUUAUCUAGAUUAUAUAAUCCAUCUAAUAAUCUGUGUUGUUUGUUUGUCUCUCAACUUAUUUAAGUCAAAUUAUAUCUCGAGGCUAAACAAAUAGAGCCUAAGUUGUAUGUAUCAACCAGUUCAACCCAAAAAAGCUUAAGCUUAUGACCAUGUUUGGCACAACUGCUGCUUGUUGAAAAAACAACUUAUCUGAGAAGCCGGUGAAAAGCAGUUUCUGCUUGUUGGUUGCUUUUAGUUCAUUCUGAGAAGCAGCUAAACUGAUAAGCUGCUGCAGAAGCUGCCUGUUUGUCAGAACUUCUGCUUAAAUUUGUGAAGAAACUGAAAAUAAGUUGUGCCAAACAAUGCAUAUAGGAAGAGGCGAACAAUUUGCUUAUAUUAUAUUUCAAUAAGGAUUGAUGUAAGUGGAGUUCUUUCCCUAUUAUAGUACUAUACCAUGCGACCUGUCCUUAAUAAUAUUCAUUAUUUAAACUUUUACAAAACAAUGUUUAGAAGUGUGGAUCUCGUCUAAAACGAAAUUCCAACUUUAUUUUGUAUAUUUUAUUUUUCUUCUUAUUUUGCACAAUUGAAAAUAUUUAUUUGCACUUGCCUUCUCGAACUUAUGAAGGCAAUCUUAGUGCCUGUGUCAUGUACGGUCGCACCUAUAGGCGCCGUCGUGACGCUAGGAGGGCUGCGGAGCGCGCGGCCAAGACAGGUGCCACCGUUUAGAAAGUUAGGACCUAGUUUCCUUUCGCGUGCCUUAAUUAUAGGAGAGAUUGGAGUUUCCUUUUGCAUGCCUUAAUUAUAGGAGAGAUUGGAGUUUCCUUUUGCAUACCUUAAUUAUAGGAGAGAUUUGGGUUUCCUUUUGCAUGCCUUAAUUAUAGGAGAGAUUGGUUGGGUCAUUGGCUAUAUAUAUGCCAUGUAAUCAGACUUGGAGAGGCAAGCAAGAUCAAUUAUCCUAAAGUUGCUCCUCUCCCUCAAACUCUCUCAAGCCGCCGGUGAGAUCUUCUCACGGUGAAGGCCUGGAGCGCGAUUACGAAUUACGUAGCCGCGGUCCGGCGACGUUGAGGCGCUUGACAGCCUGACACUCUUAGAGUCGUUUGGUUUGAGGUCAAAGUAGGAUGAGGCGAGGGCGACACCGUCCCCUUAAUUUUUUGGGAUCACGCCGCCACCAAAACUUACUCCGGUGUUUACCUCGCCCCCACUAUAGAAACUAUGGUCGUCCCCUUCCAUCCCUCCUUGUACAUCCAACUAAACACACCCUUAGUGCCACCAUAGUUCCACGUAUCGCGCGUGCCGCCGCCAGCUAUCCUCCGGUCGUGCGGCGCUGCAUCCCUCCUCCCUCCUCCCUGCUUUGUGACCUAUCCUCGCUCGUCCGCCCCUCCCUGCGUCUGGCGCUGCUUGAGUCUGCCCUGACCAGGCGCGCUGCCUCCUUCGUCAUCCUCUCCAUUCGAUGUGCCCAGACUCUACUCAUAGAGUAAGGGUAAAGAUGUCUUUUCAAGUGGUAGAAAAUAAGAAAAUAAAAUAAAAUUGGAAUACUGUUUUAGAGAAGACCACAAGCACUAUUUUAGAGAAUUCCUUGUGAAUACUGUUACAGAGAAAUUGACGAUGUGAGUACCAUACUAGCAAAAAAAACUUGUUGCCCCAUCGACUUACUAUUUUCCCACUUCACAAAGUUAGAAAACUAUCCACACUUCAUUUUUUCACGUAUCGAUAAUAUGGCAAUUAUCAUUAUUAUUUUGGCCACUGAGGAUGGAUGACAAGAGUCCAUGGCCAUCUCAGACCUUGAUGCCGCGAAAUCUGUAGAUGCAAAUGAAGUGGACGAUUCACUUGCAUGAGGGAAAAAAUCACCAAAGGGAAAUAUUGAAUCGAAAACAAGGCACAAGCACAUGAAAUUACCUAUAGAAUGCCCCUCUAGACUGGAUGGUUGGAUUUCUGGUCCUCAAACAACAACAACAACAACAAAGCCUUUUAGUCCUAAACAGGCUGGGGUAGGCUAGAGUUGAAAACCUAACAAAAUCCACAAGUCAUGGAUAACUAUUUUUCAUGCACUCCUAUUUAGAGCUAAGUCUUUGGGUGUAUUCCAUUCUUUCAAGUCUUCUUUUACUGUCUCUUCCCAUGUCAACUUCGGUCUUCCUCUUCCUUUAUUACAUCGUUAUUGCACCUUAACAUCCCACUAAGCACUAGCACCUUUGGAGGUUUUCGUUGGAUAUGUCCAAACCAUUUCAAUUGAUGUUGGACAAACUUCUCCUCAAUUGGUGCUACCUCUAACCUAUCACAUAUAUCAUAAUUCAGGACUCGAUCUAGAGAUGUCAAUGGGUACCCGAUACCCGCCAACCCGUGGGGAAUUCCCCUAUUAGGGUACGGGUAUGGGACGAAAAUUGUCCCCAUGGGUAUGGAUAUGGGACAAAAUCUCCAUCCAUUGGGUAAACGAGUAUGGGUUUGGGAAACAAUAAUCCGAACCCGAUUACCCAUGGGUAUUUCAUACGUGUACACCUGUCGUUUUUGUAUGAAUGAGUUGAGGCCGAGCCGGCCACCAAGCCUAGCACGACAGCACACCAGGCCCUAGGUCCUAGCCCAACAAGGCAACUAGCAAACUAGUAAAAAACAAAACCCUAAAAUAUCCAGCCAUAUGCUACGCCCUGCACAGACUACGGUGACGACCAUGGAUUCUCAGGCGCCAACGAACUCAGAUGGUGACCAAGGAAGGUUGUUGUUAACAGUGAAAUGAUUGAGUACUAUGACAUCUCUGGUUGUUAUAUAUUGAGGCCAUGGGCAAUGGAAAUCUGGGAGCUAAUGAAAGAAUUCUUUGAUGCAGAAAUUAAAAAGCUGAAGCUCAAACCAUAUUAUUUCCCUUUGUUUGUUACCGAGAAUGUUCUACAGAAGGAAAAGGACCACAUUGAGGGCUUUGCACCUGAGGUAGCUUGGGUUACUAAGUCAGGGAAAUCUGACCUGGAAGCACCUAUUGCAAUCCGCCCCACAAGUGAGACUGUCAUGUAUCCAUACUUCUCCAAAUGGAUAAGAAGCCACAGAGACUUACCCUUGAGGUGUAAUCAAUGGUGUAAUGUUGUUAGAUGGGAGUUUAGCAAUCCUACUCCAUUCAUAAGGAGCCGUGAAUUUCUGUGGCAAGAGGGGCAUACUGCUUUUGCGAAUAAAGAAGAGGCAGAUGAAGAGGUUCUCCAAAUACUGGAACUGUACAGAAGGAUAUAUGAAGAAUUUUUAGCAGUUCCAGUGUCCAAAGGGAGGAAAAGUGAGGUGGAAAAAUUUGCAGGUGGACUUUAUACCACCAGUGUUGAGGCCUUCAUUCCAAACACUGGUCGUGGCAUCCAAGGCGCAACUUCACACUGUCUUGGUCAAAAUUUCGCCAAGAUGUUUGAUAUCACUUUUGAGAAUGAGAAGGGUGUUAGGGAAAUGGUUUGGCAAAACUCUUGGGCCUACACAACCCGCUCGAUUGGAGUGAUGGUGAUGACACAUGGUGAUGACAAAGGCUUAGUAUUACCGCCAAAGGUGGCACCAAUCCAGGUAAUCGUGAUUUCAGUGCCUUAUAAGGACGCUGACACAACUGCCAUAAAGGGAGCCUGCGAAUCAACUGUUUACACACUCAAUCAAUCUGGGAUUCGAGCGGAUCAGGACACCCGUGAAAAUUACUCUCCAGGUUGGAAGUAUUCUCACUGGGAAAUGAAAGGUGUUCCAUUGAGAAUUGAGAUUGGUCCAAAAGAUCUGGCAAACAAACAGGUACGCAUUGUCCGCCGGGACAACGGUGCAAAGGUUGACAUUCCGGUGACCAAUUUGGUUGAAGAUGUUAAAGUGUUAUUGGAUGAGAUUCAAAAAAAUCUGUUCAAAACAGCCCAAGAAAGGAGAGAUGCAUGUGUUCAGGUCGUCAGCUCUUGGGAUGAAUUCACAACUGCUCUGAAUAACAAAAGGUUGAUCUUGGCUCCUUGGUGCGAUGAGGAGGAAGUUGAGAAAGAUGUGAAAGCUCGGACAAAAGGGGAACUCGGAGCUGCGAAAACAUUGUGUACUCCAUUUGAGCAGCCAGAACUUCCAGAAGGUAUCCUGUGCUUUGCAUCUGGAAAGCCAGCAAAGAAGUGGUCGUUUUGGGGCCGCAGCUACUGAUUGCCUUUGCUGGGAGUCCUUUUGGAUUCAGUAGUGAACCAUGUAACUUUCGAGAUUUUGGAUACAAAUCGGAAAAAUCCAUUUAUAUUGUUUUUACAUCGACUUGCAGUUCUGAUGUCAUCACAGCUGAAAAAAGUCAUUGAUUCCAGUGGACAUUACUUCCGAGUUUUGAUGUUGCAAGGAUGAGAAGACAUACAUCCC